AUGGCCUCCUCAUCAAGAUCAGAAACUCCAGAAGAUACGUCCUUUAGUACCAUGGACGAAAAAGACCCAACAUUAAUUGGUGUACAUUGCCAAUACGAAUACUGCAAUCAACUAGAUUUCCUCCCCUUUCGUUGCGAAUCAUGUCGCGGAACAUUUUGUCUCGACCAUCGUACAGAAACAAGUCAUCAUUGUUCAAAACCUGGAGAAUGGGCAGCCAGACGUCGGCUAGCUAAUCAAUCUAAACGUUCUUUGGGCGAAGGGAAAAUGAUGGCAGAUGUUGAAAAGCCAUGCGCAUCACCGACUUGCAAGACGACAAUUGGAACGAGUUUAUCAACGGGUGUACAUUGCUCUAUUUGUAAUCGGGACUAUUGUCUUAAACAUCGAUUAGGGGAAGACCACGAUUGUAAAAACCUCGUACCCAUAGGUGCAAGAGUCGGCAGAUUUAAUGAACAACAAACAAGUGCAAAAUUGGCCUUUGGAAAAUUAAGGGCUUGGGGAGCGGCACAAAAAGCAAAGGUUGCAUCAACUCGGGUCCUACCUGAGCCGAAACCUUCAUCCGCAGCUGCAAGAUUGGUAGCCGUGAACCAACUCAAAAAGACGGCAAAAGGAGAUGCAAAGGUACCUCCAGAAAAGAGAGUGUACAUAAAUGUGGACGCGGAAGCCGCGACAACGACUUCGAAAUUUCCUACUGGUGCUUUCUUCUAUUCAAAAGAUUGGGUGAUGGGUCGGGUUUUGGACGCAGCGGCAAAGGCACUUCAAGUAGAAAACGUCAAUAAUCAGGGAAUGGAUGAGAAGGACAAGCUUAGAAUCUUUCAUGUAGAAGCUGGAAGACUUUUAGAAUUCAACGAGAAGGUUGGAGAUGCUUUGGUGAGCGGCAAUCGUAUAGUUUUGCUCAGGGGAGUUGGACCUGCUGUGCCUGAUCUUAUUCAGGCAUGA